AUGCAUUCACCACAUGUUCAAAAUCAGCCAGAAACCUUCAACAAACAGCCUGAGGACGAGCAAGAAAUUCAACCACCAGAUCAGCCAUUAGAUGAUCAGCCCCAAGCACAAGGAAAAAUUGAAUACCAUCCAUUUCUAGAUGGACAACCCUGUGAAAAUGGGAAUCUAUUGCCCCCAGGAGCAAAGCCUGUACUACCUGAAGCCCAUGGAAUUGUAGACCAAAAUACCCCGUUUUCCAACAAGGAUGAUCUAUACUGGAUGAUUGAUUCAACUUCAGCUGGCGAUGUGCCAUGGGAGUCUUUUUUGUUGUUGUACAAUGGCGAGAUUCUCGAAGAAAAUGCUCCUGGGUGGAUGAGGCAGGAGUUUGAUGUCUGGUUUAGACAUCCGCGCACUAUCGUACAAAACAUGUUAUCAAAUCAAGAUUUCUCUGGUGAAAUUGAUUUUGUUCCUUACCGAAAGUUCAAUGCCAAGGGAGAGCAAGAAUACAAAGACUUCAUGUCAGGCAAAUGGGCCUGGAAGCAGGCAGACAAGAUUUCCACUGAUCCAACAACUCAUGGCUCAUCAUUUGUGCCAGUCAUUCUAGGCAGUGAUAAGACCACAGUUUCUGUCUUAACAGGCCAAAACGAGUAUUAUCCACUGUAUAUUUCAGUGGGAAAUGUUCAUAACAAUGUCUGGCAAGCACAUAGGAAUGCUGUAGUGUUGCUGGGCUUUCUAGCCAUCCCAAAAACUGAUAAGAAGUAUGCAAAUGAUCCAAAGUUUUGCAGGUUUUGGAGACAGCUAUUUCAUACAUCAAUGUCACGUAUUCUUCAAGGUCUCAAACCUGGGAUGCAUGUUAUUUAUGGUAUUGGGCCAUACAUUGCCAACUAUCCAGAGCAAGCUCUUCUUGCAUGCAUAGUUCAAGGAUGGUGUUCUCGUUGUAUUGCGUUACCCAACAACCUCGACGGUGAAGGUGGCCAAUGCUCCCAUGAUCAUACAGAGGUCCUUGCUGACUUCCUUGAUCCACGUGUCUUACGGGACCAAUAUUGUAUUCCGUUCACCCAUGAUUUUCCUCAUGCUGACAUCCACGAGAUCCUGGCUCCUGACCUUCUUCACCAAGUCAUUAAAGGUACCUUUAAGGAUCAUCUUGUGACUUGGGUGGAGGACUAUCUUAAUCUAAUGUAUGGCAAGAAGCAUGCUGAAGAGAUCUCAGAUGGCAUUGACCAGCGGUAA